AUGAAACGACAAGUAACAUGGGAAAAAUAUCGUAAAAUGAUUGUUCAACUAUUAACAUUUGCUUUAAUUUAUUUAAUAUUUGUCUUACCCACUAUUGUUAUUGGUCUGAUUCAGACUUAUUGGUUCCCGACAUUUCUUGAUGAUAUUCAGUUUUCUUUAUUAUUUUAUCUCUAUUAUUAUCUUUAUGUAUUAACACCAAUUGCUUAUUUAAUUUCAUUUCCACGAUUACUUAAAAAGCUUAUCCCCCCUUAUGGUGAUUGUCGAGUUGAUCGUCUGGGGCGAAGAAUUCUACCAACAGUAAAUACAAUUGAACAGAUACAGUAA